AUGGCCGAGAGCUCUAGUCUAGUGACAAGUCCAUUUGAGGUUAAUUCGGGCUCAGGUGAUUUUGGGAGUGUUUAUGAGAUUGAGCGCGAAGAGGAAUAUUAUCCUCUUGUAUAUGAAGUUGAGUCAUCUCCCACUGGUUUUAGAGGCGUUUCUGGCGAUGUUCAGAUAUUGUCAGAAUAUCAUGACUUUGACCUCUUGGACCAGCCGACGCUCUGCCUCCCAUCUCCCACUUGUUGUGGUUCCAGUCUCCGCGAAGUAGACAUCAACAGGAUUAAGAAUGCUUACAACAUUUCUGAAUCAGUAGACUUGAGGAUUCCUUUGGAGGAUGAAGGACCUAAGAAUGCUUACAACAUUUCUGAAUCAGUAGACUUGAGGAUUCCUUUGGAGGAUGAAGGACCAGACUGCAACAGACCUGAUGAGGUUGUAGUUUACGAAGCUUUCUUUGCACUAGGUUUACGCGACUCGGUGCCUUCCUUAGUUGCAAAGAUAGCGAAUUUCAUUGGUAUUUCCCCUGGCCAACUUAACCCACGCGCUUGGAGGUUGUUGAUCGCCAUCCAAGUAUUUAGCGAGAUUUAUCCUGUGAGUUUAGGAUUGGAGGAGGUUCUCUUUGUCUACUUCUUCAAAUGCUAUGAUUCUGUUAACUACCUAUACUUGAUCCAGAAGAGACGUCCAGAUUCAAGUCCUUUGGUAUAUGACCUAGACAGGCAGGUGAGGUACAAGACUCCAUACGAGAAACAAUGGCAUAAAAAAUUCCUCUUUAUGCGAGUUGGUCGUGAUCCUGGUUAUCCUGUCACUUGGUUUCCUAGAGAUAGAUGA